AUGGCGCGCGGGAAAAUGGGCGGCAAGUCGAAGAAAAUCGGCCUUGCCGCAAAAGUCCGCGCCCGACUAGGCUACAUUGUCAUCACGCUAUGCAUCGGUCUCGUUUGUUUCUACAUUGGGAGGGUUGAAUUUCUCGCCGAAAAGCUUCAAGAAGCGGAGAAAAUCGGAAGAAUGACCAGCGAAGGAGUAAAUCAGCAAAUCGCCAUGCACGGAUAUCAACACCAACCGGUCGUCCCACAACCACCUCAAGUCGCAAGUCAAGCUCGACCGCAAGCCCCGAAUAAUGUGCUCAAUAAUAAUCUCAUUCAGCAAGCACCACAAAACCCUCCAGUACCUGUAAAUCUUCAAAAGGUGCACGCCGGCAUCCAAAACCUCCCACAAGAUGUGAAAGCGCGCGAAAACGCACAUCAAAACACGGUGCAGAAUUUUGCCCUAGGAAAUGCUCUCGAACCAGCGGCGAAAGUGAUGGAGCAAGUUGAGAGAUUAGUGGCCCAAGAAGUCCACGAUACUGUGGGCGCGAUAGAAAACGCAGCGGGAGCUGUAAACAACGCGGUUCAUAACGUUAUCAACGUUGGCAAGCAGAUAGAAGAAAAUAUCAACCUAAAUUUCCAGCCUGAAGAACUCCUUCCUGAACCGCAAGAUCGCCCAAGUCUCGAUAUCGCGGCACUCAUCGCUUCCGCUAAUCGAAUCAGCGUUGAAACGAUUUUCCAGGAUCAACAAGCUGAGCUUGCUAAGUAUCCCACUUCACACUUGAAGGCAUCGGCUUUCUAUACCUACGAGCCAGCUAAAUGGAAUUGGCAAAGCAUGAACUUCAAGACGCGCACGCCCAAUGCUAAAUUCAUCUUCCACAACAAACUGCCCAAAUCCGGCUCGUCGACGAUGAACCAGCUCUUGCGCCAACUAUCGAAAAAGAACAACUUCAACUUCGCCAAAGUCGAACCAUCUCAGAUCCCCAAUGAUAGGUUUGACUUGGAAAAACCGCUCGUCAAGUUUGUUCAAGAAACCAAAAAAGAGCCAUUUUUCUUGUUGAAGCACCACUUCUGGUUCAACUUUACACGACAUGGGCUUAGGCAGCCGACAUAUGUCAACGUUAUCAGAGACCCGGUGGAUUGGUACACCUCGCAGUACUAUUUUCGCAGAUUUGGAUGGGUCCAGCAGACGACCACCAGGGACUCGUUUGCGGGGACACAGGCUGAUAGAGAUAGAACUAUCGACCAGUGUAUUCAACAAGGCCUGAUGGAGUGUACAAAACCAAGCUACAAGUACAUACAGUAUCUCUGCGGCAAUCAUCCGCACUGCCGAACCGUCGACGUUUCGGAGGAGUUGAAAGAGAAAGCCGCGAAUUUGGCCAAGAUCAACGUCUUGCGGAAUUUCUACGCAGUCGGCAUUUUAGAGCAAUUUGUCGACACGCUAAAAACAUUUGAGAUCAUCCUGCCCAAUUACUAUUCGGGCGUACUUGACAUUUGGAAUUCCAGCAUGAUGCAAGAAAAACGCAACAAAACAAAGACGCUCAAUCGCAAAGAACUGUCUUCCCACAGCCGCGAGUUUCUGAUGAAGGGGCCGCUGAAGUGGGAGACCGACUUGUAUAUUUUCGUUCGCGCUCUCUUCAACGAGCGGUUGCGGCGGUACGAGAUUGUCCCGACCGGCGUCCAGAUCACGUGA